AGGUUUAUAAUUACGAGCCCGUCAUAUAUAUGGUUUACCUCUUUAUAAGAAAAAGGAAGAAUCCUGACACUCAUCAUUAUUCCAUAAUAAGCUCGUGGACAGGGUCAGUUGGCGACAGAGAGAAACUUGUACGUGUAAUUUCAUCUACCUUUAUGAUUCAGGUCAUGGAUUUCCAGAAAUGGAUUGUUGUUUUCUUAAUCUUGAGUUUACAUGUUUGUGCCACCGCCGCUGAAGAUAUAGAUAUUAAUUACGAAUGGCAUAGUUGUGGAACCAACGGGACUUACAGUCGGGACAGCGCAUACCAGAAGAACCUGGACAACCUUUUACCAUCCCUCUCAAACAACGUAAAUGAAUAUGGAUUCUACAACGGUUCCGUUGGGCAAGGAUCAGACAGGGUUAGUGCUAUUGUGCUGUGCAGAGGGGAUGCCGAUAUUAAUCUUUGUCGAGACUGUGUCAGUGAUAAUGCUCGGAGGAUUCUAGAAUGGUGUCCAACUCAGAAGGAGGCAUUCCGGUGGUACAACAUCUGCAGCAUAUAUUACUCCGAUGAAUCCAUCCUAGGUUCCCUGAGAACCACUCCUGAAAUUACUCAAUUUAGUAGCAUCAGUCUCAAGAAUCCUGCCCAGUUUAAUGGAAAUUUGACGGUUAUGGUAGACCGCCUCAGAACUCAAGCCGCUGGCGGCGGUCCAUUCCUUAAGUACGCGGCUGAUAUUACGAGUGGACCGGACCAACAGACUAUAUUUUCAUAUGUGCAGUGCACCCCUGAUUUAUCUGUUCGGGAUUGCACUGAUUGUAUAAACACUGCUAUCGAUCUGUGGAAUAAAUCGGAGGGGAAUGGGAGGAUAGGGGCAAGAGUACUGCGUCCCAGCUGCUUUUUUCGCUAUGAGAUUAGCAGCUUCUUCGGUACCUCGCUGAUAAAUGAAUCUGUUUCAACACCACCACCAUCAGCACUACCAUCAGGGUCGUCAGAUGGUAAUAAAACAGUCAUCAUUAUUGUAAUUGUAGUUGCCAUUGCUGCGGGUCUUAUCGGGGUUGCUAUUUGCAUUUUUGUCAUCUUAAGAAAAAGGCAGAAAAGGAAGGCCAAUAGCCCUGUAAAGAGUCUAGAAGAAACUAGCUCUACUGUUGAAAUUAGUACCGUGGAGUCCCUCAAAUAUGAUUUGAACACCAUACAAAAUGCCACAAAUAACUUCUCUGAAGCAAACAAGUUAGGAGAAGGAGGUUUUGGACCUGUAUACAAGGGUAAACUUGAAAACGGGCUAGAAAUUGCGGUGAAGAGAUUAUCAGAAAAUUCAAGGCAAGGUAAUCUAGAAUUUAAAAAUGAGAUGGCUUUAAUGGCAAGGCUUCAGCACAGGAAUUUGGUAAGGCUGCUUGGUUACUGCCAGGAAGGAAGAGAAAUGAUUCUCGUCUAUGAAUUUGUUCCCAAUGGCGGCCUUGACCACAUUUUAUUUGAUCCAAUAAAACGUGGAUAUUUGAAUUGGGGGAGGCGUUACAAAAUUAUAGAAGGCAUUAGCAGAGGGCUUGUUUAUCUGCAUGAAGACUCUCGUCUUCGUAUUAUUCAUCGUGAUCUCAAAGCAAGUAACAUUCUACUAGAUGAAGAUUUGAAUCCAAAAAUUGCAGAUUUUGGCAUGGCUAGGUUGUUUACUUUAGAUGAAACUCAAGGGUCUACAAGCAGAAUCGUCGGAACAUAUGGAUAUAUGGCACCGGAGUAUGCAUGGCAAGGCUUAUUUUCUCUUAGAUCGGACGUAUAUAGUUUUGGAGUGUUAGUCCUGGAAAUUAUAAGCGGACAAAAGAAUAUCGAUUUUCAAAAAGGAGAAUCUAUGAAAGACCUUCUAAGCUAUGCUUGGACGCAUUGGAAAGGUGGGUCUGCUUCAAAUGUUAUGGAUCCAAUGCUGAGGGGUACAUCAAGUCCAGGGCAUGAGAUUACAAAAUGCAUCCACAUUGCCUUGUUGUGUGUUCAAGAAAAUGUUGCAGAUAGACCAACAAUGACUGAAGUUCUUCAAAUGUUAAGUAACUUAACUAUGAGCCUUCCAGUACCCUUAGCCCCUGGAUUUUUUAUCCAUAGCAGCGUUAGUUCAGAGGCGUCGAACAACUCUACAAGAAAUGAGAUGUCAAUAAGUGAACAGUUUCCCAGAUAGCAUCUAGAGUGAUACCAAACUGAUCAAUUCAAGCACAUCCUGUGGUUGCUCAUUGCUUUUGCUCUUAGUUCUGUAUUGUUUUUUGUAAUUGUGAUAAUAUUUGUCUGAGAGUUUGUUCUUCAUACUAUUUUCCAUCUUGCUGCUAAUAUAUAUGUUAUGGAGUUUUUAUUUUUUGGAGUGUU